UUCGUCCGUCCUCUAUAAAUAGAGUAAGGUUUUGAAUGGGAUUCCGUGGUGAAGAGGCCUUUUUUUCUUGAGAUGGUUUGGGAUUUCUGAGGUGAAUUCUAGACCUAGAAAUGCUCGUGUACUCGAAUAUCUUUUACUGGUAGGGUUUCUUCUUUGUGGCUCUUCGACGGUCUUCAAUGGAGAUUUCAGGGCCCAUCACUGCCGGCCAGGUGUCGGUGCUUCUCGGGUUCAUCCCUAUAUUGGUGGCAUGGAUUUAUUCGGAGCUGCUGCUGUACUGGAAGAACUCUAGUUCAACAAAACUUGGCAGGGAUUGUGAUGGCCAUUCAGUUGGGCUGGACAUCAGGCCACUCAGUGAAGAAGCUAAUAUUCGGUUAUUAGAAGGAAGUCUGCCAACACCUUCUUCAAAAGCUCGCAAAUCAUCACCAAGCCUUGUUAGAUUUUUUUUGAUGGACAAGGAUUUCUUGUUAGAGAACUAUUUGACAUUGCGAUCCAUAGCAGAAUUUGGAGCUUUGUUGGCUUACUUUUACAUAUGUGAUCGUACAAAUCUCCUUGGAGAAUCAACAAAGAAUUACAACAGGGAUAUUUUCUUGUUUGUCUACUUUCUUCUCCUCAUUGUUGCAGCAAUGACAUCUUAUAAGGUCCAUCAUGAUAAAUCACCAUUCUCAGGAAACUCCAUCCAGUAUCUAAAUAGGCAUCAGACUGAGGAAUGGAAGGGGUGGAUGCAGGUACUGUUUCUGAUGUAUCACUACUUUAAUGCAAAAGAAAUUUAUAAUGCAAUUCGUGUGUUCAUCGCUGCAUAUGUGUGGAUGACUGGCUUCGGGAACUUCUCCUAUUACUAUGUCCGGAAGGAUUUUAGCCUUGCACGAUUUGCUCAGAUGAUGUGGCGACUUAAUUUCUUUGUGGCAUUUUGCUGCAUUGUCCUUGAUAACCAUUACAUGCUAUAUUACAUUUGUCCCAUGCAUACCUUUUUCACUCUAAUGGUCUAUGGUACACUUGGAUUUUUAAACAAAUACAAUGAGCAUGGGUCAGUUAUGGCAGUCAAAGUUGCUUUCUGCUUUUUGGUGAUUAUUCUGGUAUGGGAGGUUCCUGGUGUGUUCGAUGUUGUGUGGAGCCCAUUUGCAUUCCUUCUGGCUUACCAAGAUCCAGAUUCUUCGAGAACGCAAUACCCGCCCAUGCAUGAAUGGCAAUUCCGUUCAGGCCUUGAUCGCUAUAUAUGGAUAGUGGGAAUGAUAUAUGCCUACUAUCAUCCAACAGUUGAGAGGUGGAUGGAAAAACUGGAAGAAACUGAAGCAAAGCUGAGAAUAGCAAUCAAAGCAACUGUGGCAACAAUUUGUCUAGUGAUUGGUUACAUCUGGUAUGAGUAUGUUUACAAGCUGGACAAGUAUACUUAUAAUACAUACCACCCUUACACAUCAUGGAUCCCAAUAACUGUGUACAUUUGCUUGCGGAACAUUACUCAGCAAUUCCGAGGCUAUACUCUUACCCUCCUUGGAUGGCUUGGAAAAAUAACAUUGGAAACAUACAUAUCUCAGUUUCACAUCUGGCUAAGAUCAGGAGGGCCCGACAAACAGCCUCGGAUGCUGCUAUCUCUUAUUCCCAAUUAUCCAAUGCUCAAUUUCAUGCUUACCACCGCCAUAUACAUCGCUGUCGCACAUAGAAUAUUUGAAUUAACGAACAAACUGAAGAUGGUCUUUCUACCAAGCAGGGACGGCAAGCGCCUGAUGUUUAACUUAGCUGCAGGGGUCAUCAUCUCGAUAACCUUGUAUGCCCUGUCCUUGGUGUUGCUCAACCUUCCAAAGAUGCUGCACAUGCAGGCAUGAGUAGUCUGUAUUUGGGUUCGUACGGAGAGGUAACAAUUCCAGAAUGGUCAAUUGUACGCUCCAAUGCAUGGGUGUUAAGUUUGAUCUCCAAUGGAGGUGUGUGUGGAGUUGCUUCUUCCUCGAUAAGAAGGCUAGAUGUUGAUGUAUUUCUUUCUGUGUUUCAUUUGUUAUAAUGCAAUGCAAAGGCCAGGAUAAACAUUGUGUUGUACUGUAAUGCAAAGGCCGGUAUGAAUAUUGUGUUGUACUUCAAACAUCCUUUUAUAAAUAUCAUAGCAGCAGGGAUUGUUUUAUGCUGUAAAA